AUGGAUCCAAGCAUGAUGAAAACAAUGGAUUACUUCGGCCAGAACAUGGACUCGGCCGGCCGACAGAAUGCUGAGGCAUCGUCAUCUACGGCACCCCCUCCCGUAACUAGCGACGCAUCCCUAUGGGAUCCUACGCUUUCUCUCGGAAUGUCGGAUGAGAUUGCGACCUCAAUUCCGUACGGUCAACAAACAACAUCAUCCUCGCAGGGCGUACAUUACGGCAGUCUUGCCGGACCCCAGCCAUAUGCCACCCCGUCGGUUUCCCAGGCCCCUGUUGCUCCAAGUAUCGCUACAACCAGAAAGCGGGAAGGCCAUGACAGGAAACGAGCCAAAGUCGACAACGAUGCCGCCGCUCUCGAAUCGGUUGAUUAUUGGAUUCACCUUGAUGACGAUGACUUGGAUAACAAGCUCGGCGGGAGUUUCGAAAUUGACUUCUCGAAGAGGAGAAACGAUACCGCAAACUAUGCGAGACCUGCUCCCACUUUCAAUACCAUGGCAUCGACGCCCGGCCUCGGAACUGGGCUUUACACAACCUCCAACACCGCGCUCUUCAAAGACGACUUUGUCGACGAUAGCGCGCUCGACAACGCUCUCUCCGAUGAUGAAGACGGAUUAGAUUCGCUCAACCUCGCCGAACAGCUGUCGAAGAUCGACACCACGGCACCGACCGAAGUUCCGCCGAGAGAGGGCCUCUAUUCGACGCCGCUAAGCUGGGAGAAGCCACAACCGGGCCUCCGUUCCGAUCCUCUCCUUGGUGCCUUCAACCCAUCGACGCCUCUUCUUAGUGAUGCGGAGCAAAAGAAGCUCCUCGCGAUCGCCUUGAAUACCUCCCGGCCGCCUCCCCCUACUUUCAGCGGCGGAUAUGGAAGCGGGCUCAAUUUCGGAUAUGGCUACGACGCCCUUAAUACCGGAUUCCCGACUCUAGGAGCAAAUACACUCAUGGAAACUCUCGGCGCGAACAAUAUGGGAAAUAUGUCGAAGCCAGUGCAACGACCGAAGCCCCAGCCUCCGCCUCAACCUCAAACACCAGCGCAAUCGCAGGUUCAGAUCCCCGCGCAACCUCAAAACGAACACUCUCGAGCGUCAUCGCAGGCUCAGACUCCGAACCAGUUCAACGGUCCUCAUCAGAGCCCGCAAAGUCAAAUAAGCCAGCACAGUCUUCAACAACCGCAGUCCCAACCUCAACGCCCUCCUGCCCCUAGCCAAACUCCCCAGCCGCAAUCGCAGAUUCACUCCCAAAAUCAAACUCCAGCCCCUCAACCCGAUCUGCAAUCACAAUCUCAACCUCACUCUCACCCGGGUUCAAUUGAGGGAGAAUCUGUCAAAGAGUCCGCCAAACUCGCAACGACCGACUCGGAGAAGGGCAAGGAAAAGCUCAGGACCGGCGAUAGAGCCGCUCACAACGACAUCGAACGGAAGUACCGAACAAAUCUCAAGGACAAGAUCUCUGAGCUCCGCGAUUCCGUGCCUGCUUUGCGUGCGAUACGUGAAGAAGGUGCCGAUGAUGGUGAUGAAGGAUCCGCGCAACAACGGCCACCCAAAGUUAGCAAGGGUACUGUAUUGACCAAAGCCACCGAAUACAUCCAUUUCCUCGAGCGGCGGAACAAGGCGAUCGUCAGGGAACACCAGGAUCUUUCGAGAAGGCUGCAGGCAUUCGAGCAGCUCCUCAACGCGACUGCAAGGCAACCCUUCCCGAUGCCGAAUUACAGUAGAGCACUCUUCGAUCCCCGAGGCUUUUGCUAA